AUGCAAAGAAAAAGAUAUUUUUCACAAUACCAAAGUCCCAAUAUUGUGAUAGUUCCCACAAGCUCGCCUACAAAUCAAUCACCUUCAAAGAAAAUAAAGAACGAUGGUGAAACUGUUGAUAAAAAUGAACCAGUAAAAAGUAAGAAUAUUAUUAGCUCACUCCUAAAAGAUCAGAUGCAGCAGAAGGUACAAAAUAUUAAUAGCAAUGAAAUUGUAGAGAGUUUAACAUCUUGUAAAAGUGACAAAGAAAAUGAAUUUGAUUCCGAUGUAAUGAUCAACGAUCAAAAAAGUAAAGGCAACAUAAAUAACAAACUAGAACAAAACAAUAACUCUUGCGUUAUUAAAACCACAAUUAGUAUUGAAAAAAAUAUGGUAGAUAAUUUAAAGCAACCAAAAAUAUUCAAGGUAACGAAGGAGGAGUUAUCAAAGGCUGCAAAACCUGAAAGUAGUGUAGAUCGCACUAAUACAAGAAGCGAAAAUGGGGUAAACCAAAACACUAAACAAAAUACUACAGACAGUAAUUUAUCACAAGGUAACAAUCAUAGUUAUGAAUUUUUAAACCAGUCAAAAACCUUAAAAUGUGAAACUGAUGACAGAAUUAUUGAAUACAAGGACACAAUUGGGCCAACAACAACUAGUACUACAAUACAGACCAAAACAGACUUAAACUAUAAUAGUUGUGAAAAAAUUGUCAAAGAUGUUAAAAUAGACAACAAUGAUAAGCGUGAAAAUGAUUGCAAAAUAAAGAAUAAACAUCCGUAUAAUAAACAAGAAUGCAAUAUAUUAAUAAAUAAGUUAUUUACCAAAUUUGAUGAAAUUGUAGCUCAAAAAUUAAAGGGCAAAAUGUGUGAUAAUUUUAAGGAAAAUUAUUCAGAAAUUACUAUAACCCAUUCUGAUUACUACCCUUUGAAUUUGCAACAAGUUCUACAAGAUCCAAGAAAGAAAUUUAAUAUAGAUCAAAUACGUCAACUAGGAAUACAGUUAGUGGCUGCUGUAGUAUUAUUGAGGAACAAUAAUAUUGUGCACUGCGAUAUUAAACCCAGUCACAUCCUUUUUGACAUUACAAUAACCAAACUUAAACUGUGUGGAUUUGAUGAAGCAUAUUAUUACUCUUACUCCAAUAAUUUGUCUGCAAAUGCUGGGACGCUAAAUUACCGACCACCGGAAUUAAUUUUGGGAUAUUCAAAUAGAUUCAGUAUCGAUGUCUGGUCUACAGCUUUGGUGAUGUAUGAAAUGGCAACAAAAUCCAUGCUUUUUCCGGGAACAACCAACAAUAACAUUUUAUUCAAACAAAUGAGCAUACUUGGAAGACUACCAGAUGAUAUGAUUCAGUGGUCCAGAUUUAAAAAUGAACAUUUCAAUGGAACAGCUUUUAUAAAAAUAACAGGUUCUGGUGCAAGGAAUGAAAUCAGGAUAAAUAAUUUUACUAAGCGCAGUACUACAAUAACUACUUCAAUUUUUAAUGCAUUCUCAAAUGACUUGGAAGGAAUGAUAAAUGCAGCAUCUAAACUGGUAUUAUUCAGUAGAUUAAUUGAGAAAAUGUUGGUUUUACAUCCCAAAAAUAGACUAACUAUAGAAUAUGUGUAUGCAAAUGCUUUUUUUUCUACAAAGUAA